GUGACGAAAGUGUUGAUAGUUAUGUCGACGUGGAGUUAGUCGACAGCCACGAUGUUCCUAUGUCCACAGUCAUGUUUGAAGAAAAGUCCCCUGUAGCCAAAACAUUAGAUUCACCUCAGUCUCGAAGAAAGUUGGUUUUCGCAGCUCGUGUGGUCAGAAAGCCAAAGCCAAUAGGCAGGCCCCGGGGAAGCAAGAAAAGAACAGUUGCCGCAGCAGCCACUGGACAGGCAAGCACUAGCCAGUUCACACUCCAGCCUUGUUGCUCAAUAUCAAAUACUGAAACUCCAUCAGCCAGCCGUUGUGUCAUCGCUGUAGGACAGAAGCGAAAAUUCAAGUGUGAAACAGUCACCUCAGCCCCUGCACUGCCUCCAUAUUCGCCAGUGCUUGGCAACAGCUUCAGUAUGAACUUUCAUGAUUAUGCAAUGAGCCCUCUAUCUCCUGCCUCUCCGUCUUCUGCCUCCUCAUCUUCUGUUGAAAGCAGCAUGCUUGUGGCACCGACAAGAAGGCCUUACCGACGAAAUGCAUCUCUUGACGUUGUUGACAAAGAUAAGCAGAACCACCAUAACCAACUGGAGCGCAAUCGCAGACAAAAACUUGCAGACUUGUUCACUGACCUCAGAGUGGCAGUGCCAAAAAUCGAGGGCAAUCCCAAGGCAUCAAAAGUUCCUCAUUUUGAAUGA